CUAUUUCCACUUACCGCUUAUCGCCAUCGGUAUGUUUUACAUUUGUUGACACAUUACACACAAGAAAGCUGACCUUGGAUUUACAUUGUACUAUUUACAUUGUCGUGCAAACUGCAGACAGUCUCCGCUGCCUUCAAGAGCGCUAGUCCGUCACUGUAAUAUCGUCGACAAGAAAUAUGUUAAACCUCGUAAAAGUAUUUUUCUGUCUAUUCUUUGCAAUUGUCUGCAGUUCAGAAAAAGUUCAAUUAAGACUCGCGGAUGGCAAUUCAACGAAUGAAGGCAACGUGCAAGUGUAUUUCGAAGGAGAAUGGCGAUAUGUCUGCGACGAUCAUUUCGAUGAAAGAGAGGCAAAGGUCGUUUGCCGUCAGUUGGGUUUUUCAAGGCCAGUCAAUUUUACAGUCAAGGGAAAAUAUCCUAGAUCUUCAAAUUUCAGCUACUGGCUAGAUGACCUGUAUUGCUAUGGUCACGAGGAGAAUCUGGGAUACUGUUAUAGUAGAAAAAUUGGAUCUCAUAAUUGCAAGCCAAACGAGGAGGCCGGGGUCAUUUGUUCGAACGAAACGGACAAGGGUCCUACCAAACCAGUACCUUCGAAAGCAAGUGGCGAGGUUGCAAAAACUGAGCUGCGCCUUAUUGGAAGUGACUCGUCAGGUUAUAUUUCAUAUGGAUAUUUGGAGGUAUUGCACAAAGGCAGAUGGGGUGCAGUUUGUUCCGACGGAUGGACAGCUGCUGACGCGUACGUGGCAUGCGGCAACCUUGGAUACCCAGAUGCUUUGGAAAACGCAGGCAAAUCACCCAGCAUGAAGUACAAGGCAGUUCCCUACUUUUGGAUGCGCAGUCUUCGUUGCACAGGAUAUGAAUCAACAUUGAUAGAAUGUGAUCACGCUGGCUGGGGAUCUCACAAAUGCCGUAAUAAUAAUCCAGUUUAUUUGCGGUGCCAAAUGUCACCGAUGUUUCGAGGUGAUCAGAUAGACCUAGCAACAAUACAGGCUCACGAAAUCCGUUUGCGGGCCGGAUACCGUUAUUCAGAGGGAAGAGUAGAAGUUUUCCGCGAAGGUGUAUGGGGUACGAUAUGUGAUGACAACUGGGACAUCAGAGAUGCAAAUGUUGUUUGUAGACAGGCAGGGUUUGGAACAGCAUACGAGGCGGUCCGCGAUGCCGGCAUUGGGGCUGGAUUCGGCAGGAUAUGGAUGGAUGAGGUUAAUUGCACUGGUAAUGAGCAUGACGUCAGAAAUUGUGCUCAUGGCGGGUGGAAACAAUCCGACUGUGGUCACAACGAAGACGCCGGGGUUCGAUGCCAUCACCCUCAUUCUCAGAAGCCAGAUUUUCGCCUCGUCGGUGGACCGAAUAAUAUGACUGGCCGUGUGGAGGUUAAAGUUAACAACAAAUGGUAUGGUAUUUGCGGGAUUGGUUUCGGAAACACAGCUGCAGAGGUGCUCUGUCGAGAGCUAGGUCUUGGCUAUGCAGUUCGCGGUUUCACAACAAGCAAAUUUGGCUUUGCAGAUAAAUUUGCAAUGCACAACGUGCGAUGCUCUGGCGACGAGAAUUCCUUGAAGGACUGUUAUCAUACUGGCUAUUUUCGUGGCAGUUGCAGAUACUAUGAUAUGGCUAGUGUCGAAUGCAGCAAAAAGGCUCCUGAUCUGGUGAUGGAUUAUUUCUACCUUAAAGACAGCUUUCAGGUUGAAAACCCUUAUCUUGCUCAACUGGCUUGCGCCUUUGAUGAAGGCUGUCUUGCAUCUACAGCCAAUUGGUAUAUGCAUACGUAUCCCGAGAUCUACACGCGGAAACUUCUGCGGUUCAGUGCAAGGUUUUGGAACCGCGGUACAGCUGAUUUUAUUACCAACGUCAAAAAAGAGGACUGGCAAUGGCAUGAUUGUCAUGCGCACUACCAUUCAAUGGAAAGAUUCGCAGACUUUGAUCUUAUAGAUGAUAAGCAAACGAAAAUAGCUGAGGGACACAAAGCAAGUUUUUGCCUAGAAGACUCAGAAUGCGACGAUGGAGUGGAGAAGUUUUACAAUUGCAAAAAUAAAGGAGACCAAGCAAUAUCAGUACGGUGUGCAGAUAACUACAAAAACAAUAUUGAUUGCCAGUGGAUCGAUAUAACAGAUGUACCGAAUGGAGAGUAUAACAUUCGAAUAAAUGUAAACCCAACGAGGGGCGUUCCUGAGUCAGAUUACAGUAACAACGCUGCCUACUGUAGAGUUAAAAUCGACGCUACUACUGCAGUUGCAAAAGAAUGCUCUAUAGAACCGUGUGAAAAGAGAGCUCAUGGUGGAAACUCUAACGGAAAUUGCUGCGUCUUCCCGUUUAUAUACAAAACGAAAGUUUAUCACUCCUGUACAACAACUGGAUUUUCAAAGUUUUGGUGUGCUACAUCAAAGAAUUAUGACCAGGAUAAAAAAUGGGGACUUUGCUGAUAUUAAAUCUUUAGUAUAGUGGCACCUAUUUUUUAAAUUUGUGCAACAUUAUAUGUUAUCUGAUAAAAUGACUGACAGUAUGAAGUCUUUAAAGCGGGAAUGUGGUUGAAAAUUCAUUAUUUAAUAUAAAUGAGUCUGGAUUUGAAUUUUGGAAGGAUUGACUUCUUUUGAUGAUUUGUAACUUAAAGUUAAUCAAAUUAUAUCACAUGGUUAUUAUUUCAUA